AUGGACCAAGAAUUUGUCUGGUCUAUCUUCGAAAAUGCUGCAAAAUCGGGCCAUGCAGAUAAGCUGAUCAGACCGUUUCCAAAGAAUUAUUUACGGAGUGAUGGUGUACGGGACUUUGAAGCUCUAUCAAAAGAUAUUAUUGGAAGAAGAACACAUCUGAAAACCUUUCUUUCCGCAAAUCUGCCUAAGAUAUCAGUUUGCAAGAAAAACGAGUUCCUCCGAAACUACUUUUCAAAACGCAAAUUCCAUCGUCCGAAUUUGGUUCUUUCGGUGAGUGAUUCUGGUGCGCAAGAAGAUAAAUUUUAUGCACUUGGAUCGAGUUCUUCCAUUUAUGCCUUUCAUGGGACGAAAAGCGAGAAUAUGUAUUCAAUCCUCCAGCAUGGUCUGAUAAACAAUCUGAACGAACGCGCUGCCUUUGGAGAAGGAACGUAUCUUUCCACUGAAAUUGAUGUGGCGUUGGGCUUUGCUACUCCGCAGCGUGUUCACCUUCCUUUCGGCGACAAAACCGUAACAUCCAUCAGAACUAUCGCUCUUUGUGAAGUCGCCGAAGGUGUCAAAGGCGUCAAAUUCGAGUCAAAGUCCUCAGCAGCUUCGAAAACUCCUCAAACCUACGUCAUUGUUCAAAACGACGACGCUGUUAUACUGCGACAUGUUCUUGUCUUUUUCGAUUCAUUUAAAAACAGUUCAUUUUCUGUAUUUGCUUCGCUCUUCUGGGCCAGUAUUUUCCUUUUUCUUGCGAUUAUACUCUAUUCGUACUCUUUCAGUAUGGAUAUGGAAGAGCUCCCAAAACCGGAGCUAGUUGAGUCUCCGGAGUUAAAAGAAGAAGCUCCAGCUGCUCCGGUACCGGAAGAAACCGGAAGAGAUGUUGAAGAAAUCGGAUUCGAGCCUGCACAAGCGGAAGAGUUCAGUAGAAAAGAACCUAAAAAUGCACAAGAAAAGCGUGAAAUCGCAUCCAUCAUGAAACUACUUGGAGAUCACGGGCUUACUUUUGCUCUGGGCGCGCUUGAGCGAGAAACUGGAAUCAACAAGGACGAUAUAAAAGAUUUGACGAUCGAGACGGAUGUGAGACAAGUUCUUGGACAAUAUGAAUCAAAAACCGAUAAAGACUCGUAUAAAGAAGCUUAUGUUGCGCUGCAGAGAUUCGUUGAUCAAUCAUUAGAUUCGAGUCGCGCUGAGCUUUCACAACUGCUGUUUCCUUGCUUUGCUCACAUUUACAUAAAACUGCUAGUAAACAACUACGAAAUUGAAGGUCGCAAUUUCUACAACGAAUUCGCCAAGGGCUUUGGCGAAGACUCUCCAUAUAUUGAAGAUAUCAGACGCCUUGCUACAGUUACAAAUAAGAAGCAACUGGCGCAAAACGAUGUGAUAACUACUUUCAAAGUCCGUCAUUUUAUUAUUCGAAUGACUCGUGAUUCUCUGCUGAGUUUGAAGAGACAUAUCAACGAUAGAAAUAUUCAAGUGCUAAUCGAUAUUCUCGAAGAUCAUCUCUUCAUUGAUCAAUUUGACGGGCUUCCGAGAACGCGAGAGCAGAUUGAUGCUGUUUCCGGAGGCUUGUUAGGCGAAGCAAAAGAGAUGCCAACAAGUCAAAAAUCCAACUUGGAACAUCUACUGACCGCUGGGGAUAAAGCAGAUUGGCUUUCGUACUACAAAGACCUUGAAUAUCGCGUUAAACUAACCGGGGAUCAAAAAUUGAGCUGCGUAUUCUACUCUGUUUUAAACUCUGAUCCCGAUUGCCUUCCAGCUUCGAUCACAAUUUCUGACGACUCAACUGUGCUCGCCGCUGGCUUCGAAGACGGCUGUAUCAGAGUCAACGCAAUCGGCAACGACAACCUGCGCGAAAUCAAAAGUCUUCCUCAACUAGAAAUGCUUGACAAAGAUCGCCUUGAGCUCGAUAAUAUUCUUCAAGUAUCUGAAGCUGCCACGCGAAAACUCCUCGGCCAUACGGGCGCUGUCUAUGGCGUUUCUAUUUCUCCGAGAAAGGACUUUUUGGUCAGUGGCGGAGAAGAUGGCACAGUCAGGCUAUGGUCACUUCUAGUGUAUACUUGUGUGAUUGUUCAUAGAGGACAUAUGUGGCCCAUUUGGGAUGUUCACUUUAGUCCCUAUGGACACUACUUUUGCUCGGCUGGUAUGGAUAGAUCGCUUCGCGUUUGGGUGACUGACAAAGAAAGCCCAGUCCGCAUGAUGGCAGGUCAUUAUUCCGACGUUACCGUUUGCCGAUUCCACCCGAAUGGAAAUUACAUCGCUACUGGCGGCGAAGACCGCUGUAUCCGAAUCUGGGACCUUCUCGAUGGAAAAUGCGUUCGUCAACUGACUGGCCAUCGUUCCAGCCUUUCUACAGUUUCCUGGUCCGGUGCUUGCGGAAAAUACUUGGCCACAGCGGAUAUUGGAGGCCACGUUCUUUUCUGGGACUUGUCAAAGUCAACCAAAUCUGAUGAGAUUCUCGUUGCGCGAUUUUCAAUCGAUGAACAAAAGGGAACUGUUAAACUUCCCGUGCAACAUCAACAUAUCACCGCCCUGACAUUUUCGCGCUGCGGAUCCGUACUCACUGCCGGCACUAUCAAAGGAGAAAUCAUCAGCUGGGAUGUUGCCCGAGUUCUUGUUGAUAGUGAAAAUGAAGAAGUUUCGACAACUGCCACUGGUUUCGCGAAAAACUACCGAUACCACCAACCCUACCGAACGAAGCGUUCACCAAUCUGUCAAUUGCAAUAUUCUCGCCGCAAUGUACUUUUAGCUGCCGGACCGUUUUCGAGAUGA